AUGCUCAAGGACUACUACGCCAUCCUCAACGUCGCACAGGAUGCUACUGUUGCAGAGAUCAAGCAGCAGUACCAGAAACUGCUCCUAAUCCAUCAUCCCGAUAAACAACAACAGCAGCAACAGCAACAAUCUCAAACAUUACCGGUAUCAGUGACAUCAAUCCCUCUUCAAGAUAUCAAAGAAGCAUGGGAGUGUCUUCGUCAGCCAACACAACGAUCCUUUUACGAUUCGUCGUUAAAGGCCAUGAAACUUCGAGCCAAUGGACAAGUUAACGAUGACAUUGAUUUAGACGAUAUGGAGUACGACGAAGAUUCCAGUACCUAUUCCUCACCUUGUCGGUGCAGCGGUGAAUAUAUCAUCUCAGAAGGUGAAUUAGAGUUGGGUGUUGACACCGUAGUCUGUUCGACCUGUUCUCUCAUCGUUAGGAUCCACUACGAGUUGGCCGAUGAUGAAGACAAUGAAGAAAAUUGA